GUUUUGUCUGUGCCUUUUAGAGAUGUCAGGGACAGGGAUAGACAUCUCACAGGUGCACUGGAAGCAGCAGUGGCUGGAGAAUGGGACGCUGUACUUCCACGUGUCCAUGAGCAGCUCCGAGCAGCAGUCGCAAGCCACACAGCCCACCAUCCGGGAACCACCCCGCGUCCUGCACGAACACAUGCACCUGCUUCACAUCUCCGUCAUGGGUGGUCUGAUUGCUCUUCUGUUACUUAUCCUACUCUUCACGCUGGUACUCUACACCCGUCAGCGCUGGUGCAGGCGUCGUCGUGCCCCUCAGAAGAGUGCAAGCACUGAGGCCACACAUGAGAUUCACUACAUCCCCUCUGUUCUUUUGGGCCCUACGCAUAGUAGGGACAGCUUCCGUGGGCCCAGACCCCUCCAGCACAGCUCCGUUAUUGGUAUGCCUAUCCGUGAGACGCCCAUCCUCGACGACUGUGACUGUGAAGAGGACGAGCAGCCUGGACAUCUGCUAGAUGGGAAAGCACAUCUAGAAGAUGACUUGUGCAGCCAGGGGACCCACAGUGUGGAUAGCCUUGGGAAAGGGAUGGGAGAGGCCAACCACAAACACAGUCUGGAUAACAGAGCGCUGGACCCCGAUCAGGAGAGUGUAGAGGCCCUGAUGCAGAGGUUUAAGGAGAGUUUCCGGACCAACACCACUAUGGAAAUAACACACUUCCAGAACGUUACACACAGCUCCUCCACUGGCCGCAAGAGAGGACCAGCUCACACCAGAGCUGGUGGCGUGUUUGGCCGUCAGGUGGAUUCUGGAUCAGAAAUGGAUGAUGACACUCAACUCAAGUUCUACACGGAGCACAGGGGCCGUCGCCGCAGCAAAGGCUGCCCUCAGAGUCCCAUGAGCAAGGCCACGCUAACACUGAUCACCGUCUGCACGUGUGUGGUGGCAGUCGUGUACGGCACGCAAACGUCCUGUCCUCUCACCGUCAAGGUCACGCUCCACGUUCCUGAACACUUCAUCGCUGACGGAAGCAGUUUUGUGGUGAGCAUGGGCAGUUAUCUGGAUGUCUCUAACUGGUUAAAUCCAGCUAAACUGACCCUGUACUACCAGACCAACACCUCCACCCAGUGGGUGAGAGAUUACUGUGGCCAGAGAACGACUGACCCCUGCGAACAGCUCUGUGACCAGGACACUGGGGAAUGCAGCUGUCUGGAAGGUUAUGCCCCUGACCCUGAGCAUAAUCAUCUCUGCAUCCGCACUGAUUGGGGCCGCAACGAAGGUCCGUGGCCUUACUCAAACUUGGAAAGAGGUUAUGACCUUGUCACAGGCGAACAGGCUCCAGAGAAGAUUUUCAGGUCAUCCUACAGUCUGGGUCAAGGCCUAUGGCUGCCAGUCAGCAAGAGCUUUGUGGUUCCUCCAGUGGAGCUGUCAAUCAACCCUAUAGCCAGCUGUAAGACGGACGUAUUGGUUACAGAGGACCCUGGAGAAGGAACGAUGGCCAUAAGUCCACAUGUAUCGAGACGGGUGGAUGAUCUGCUCGCGUCAUUUGGUCCAGUGAGGGAUUGCUCUAAAGACAACGGCGGAUGCCGGAAAAACUUUAAGUGUGUUUCAGACAGAAGGAUGGACUCGACUGGCUGCAUGUGCCCAGAAGGACUGAGGCCCAUGAAGGACGGUUCAGGCUGCUAUGAUUACUCUCUGGGAACGGACUGUACGGACGGCUUCAACGGAGGCUGUGAGCAGCUAUGUCUUCAGCAGCUGGUUCCUCUUCCUGAUGACCCGACGUCCAGCAAUGUCCUCAUGUUCUGCGGGUGUGUGCAGGAAUACAAGCUAGCUGCGGACGGCCGCUCCUGUCUUCUUUUGGCUGAUCACUGUCAAGGUCCAAAAUGUUCAAAACAAGACUCACGUUUCAAUGGCACGCUCUUCAGCGAGAUGCUCCGCGGGUACAAUAACAAAACUCAACAGGUGAUCCUGGGACAAGUUUUUCAGAUGACCUUCAGGGAUAAUAACUUCAUCAAGGAUUUUCCGCAGCUGGCCGAUGGGUUAAUGGUGAUUCCUUUGCCGGUGGAGGAGCAGUGCCGAGGAGUUCUGUCAGAGCCUCUGCCCAACCUGCAGCUGCUCUCAGGAGACGCUCAGUUCAGUGAAGCCACAGGAUACCCCAUGAUGCAACAGUGGAGAGUGCGGAGUAACCUGUACAGAGUGAAGCUCAGUGCCAUCACCUUGUCCACAGAUUUCUCAAAGGUGCUGAAAUCCCUGACGGCAGACAGCACGCGGGAUGAGUUGCUUGCAUUUAUUCAGCAGUACGGCAGUCAUUACAUCUCAGAGGCACUGUAUGGUUCUGAACUCACCUGCAACAUCUACUUUCCCAGCAAAAAGUCCCAGCAACAGCUCUGGCUCCAGUACCAAAAAGAAGUCACAGACCAGGGUGGCCGUCGGGACUUGAAAGCGAUGCCGUUCAUCAGUUACCUGUCGGGCCUGCUGAAGACGCAACUGCUGUCUGAUGACCUGGUGGCUGGUGUGGAGAUCCGGUGCCAGGAGAAGGGCAGCUGCCCAGCCGCCUGUCACCUGUGCAGACAAGCAGGCCGUGAGACGCCCAGCCCGACGCCAGUCCUCUUGGAAGUCAGCCGCAUCGUGCCCCUGUACAGCCUGGUGCAGGAUAAUGUUACUAAAGAGGCUUUCAAAAGUGCCACGAUGAGCUCAUACUGGUGUGCGGGGAAGGGUGAUGUCAUCGAGAACUGGUGCCGCUGUGAUCUGACAGCCCUUGGCAAAGACGGGCUCCCCAACUGCAGUCCCCUGCGGCGGCCUGUAUUGAGACUGGCUCCACACCUGGAACCCUCCAGUACGAUGGUGGCACUGGAAUGGAUUGAUGUUGAACCUCUGAUUGGCUACAAGGUUUCAGAUUACAUCAUUCAACAUAAGCGAGUUGAGGACCCGUCAGAGGCAGAAAUCUACACAGGUGAGGUUCUGAGCCUCAUGGAUGAUCUUUUAUCAGGUCUGGGUUCCUCGUGUGUAGUAGCGGGACGCAGAAGUGGAGAACAUCCUCACAGUAUGAUCUACUCUCUCAUUUUCAAGUGCCUGGAGCCCGACAGCCUUUAUAAGUUCACUCUGUAUGCCAUGGACAGCCGUGGUAGUCGGUCGGAUGCAACUUUUGUGACCGUUCGCACGUCAUGUCCGAUGGUGGAUGACAGCAAAGCAGAAGAGAUCGCAGACAAAGUGUACAACCUCUAUAAUGGCUACACCAGCGGAAAGGAGCAACAGACAGCCUACAACACCCUGAUGGAAAUUUCACCCCCGCUGCUGUAUCGUGUACAGCAUCACUACAAUUAACAGUAUGAGAAUUUUGGAGGUUUGGAGUGUUUGAGUGAGGAUGAGCUUGGCCCCAGGAAGGCCCAUUUGAUCUUAAGACGAAUGGAUCGGAUCAGUCUGUUCUGUCGCUCACUGCUCCGCAGUGGCUUCAUCCAAAGCCGAACAGAGAGUAUGCCGUACAUGCUGUGUCGCAGUGAUGACACGAGACCAGGCGGCACUUUAUGGCACAGUUCACUUCACGAAACCCAGCUUGCCUGCCUGGAGAAAGUCAUAUCAGUGCAACGCAACAUAUACGGAAAGUCAAAAUUACGAUGAGACAGGAGACGUUUGGACUCGACCUUCUCUCUUUAUGGUCUCCAGCUUGGCUGUUCUUUUUCUAAAUCCAAAUGACUUUGAGACUGUGAGAGGAGAUUUUGUUGUUUCUUCCUUUUUAUUUUCUUCUUUUUUCUUUCUUUUCACUCCUUUUCCAAAUACAGAAAG